AUGCGGCUACCCGAGGGCAAUGACAACGUUAGCUGCGGUACCUCGGCGGUAGGCGGUGAUGCCAAAGGCCACGGCGUGGGGAUGUCGUUCCAGCAGCAGCAGGAUGCAUCCUCCACUAGCGCCACGCUCGGCAAAGCGGCCACUCGACUACUGGAGGGAGGUGUCGGCGAUGCCAGCAUGUUGGGGGUGGGGGAUGAGAACGGUGUGCUUUUGCCAGGCCCCGAGGGAGGGGUCGAAGUGAGAGAGUUCCAUGGAGGCGUGCUCCUGGUCCGAAGAAGUGAAGACGCGAAGAAGAGGUCUCCGGAGCGGCUGAACUUGCACCGGCGGCGGCUUACGUCGUGCCCCAUCAUACAGGGAGACAACCGAUUGCGGUUGCUGAACUACCAGAACAACCUCAUCAGCAAGAUCACGAACCUGGCCAACCUACCCAACCUGAUCUUCAUCGAUUUGUACAAUAACGUCAUCAACACGCUGGAAGGGCCGCUAUCGACGAUGACUGCCCUCCGCGUCAUGAUGGUCGGGAAAAACAAGAUCCAGAAGAUAUCCAAUCUAUGUUCUCUACGAAAACUGGACGUCCUGGAUCUGCACUCUAACUCCAUCCAAACAAUGGGUGGGCUUGACGGCCUGCAGGAUUUGAGGGUGCUCAACCUCGCCGGAAAUGAAAUAAAAUCCUUCCUGCCCCGUAGCGUGUGGCGACGGCGUUAUUACUUCCCAAAUGUGAUGAUUGAGGGAAAUAUUGACCGUUCCAACCAACUUGACCAAUGUCUUCCUUUCAGGGUCGUGAAGAACGUGAGUUGCCUCACGGCCCUGACAGAGCUUAACCUCCGGAGAAACAACGUCGAGAAGCCCCUAACACCACAAACUUCCAGGUCUCUGAUGGAGCUGAGCCUCUUCGGCAACCCUGUUGCGGUCCAAAACGGUCUCGGUUCGAGCUACCGCAGUUACAUUCUCCAGCACCUGCCGAAGCUGCACCACCUAGACCUCAAAAGGGUGACCGAUCACGGCCAAUCCAUUUCGCACCAAUAUUCGGACGGCAACAUGGCGCCAUCAACAACAAGGACAGCGUCAGCCGAUGACGCCCGGGAGAGUAGGGGCGGGGGCAAUAACGGCAGGAGCCGGACUGCGUUUCACGAGACGAUGGGUAAUUCUGGUAAAGGCUCCAGGAAGCCGUCAGGGGCUUGGCGUACGGGCGGAAACGGUUUCAGCACCAGCGGCACCAAUAGCAACGAAGGAAGCAACGACGGAUUUCCGGUCCUGCUAACCCACGGCAGCGCUGACACCCAGUCACGCGGGGAACAUCACUCUGGCUCAAGUUCAUCAAGCUCGCAACAACAACAUCGACACCAGCAUCAACACUCUCAGGGCGGCGAUGACCCGAGGGGGCUUCAUCGUGCAGGGCCGGUGAUGUCUGCGCCCGCUCCCGACAAGGGUGCUAUCGGUAGCGACGGAAUGGUGCGUGGUGGUGCUUGGGAACAGGUGACAGUAUUCGUGCAGACAAUGGGCGCUGGCGAGUGCGGCAUCACUGCCGGUGAUAGUUCUAGGGGGGCAGCGAGGAAGCAGGUGGUUUUGGCUGUAGGCACCGGGAUGAGCCGGGCGGCGGAGGCGAGGGAGGCAGUGACUUUGAAAAGAGCCAAGACGGACCGAGAGGAGUGGGAAAAGACGGCGCUCAAGGAGCGGAGGGAAGCCAUCGAAGCCGCAAGGCGAGCGGAGUGCUGGGAGAGGCGCGGUGGCGGCUCCAUCACUUCUCGAGCUAGACAUCGCAACCCUCGGGACUCCACCACCGCGGGCAAAGACAGCACCAGCAGAAAGACCAGCGCCCACGUGAAGCCGCCCCCCGCAUCUUCGUCGUCGUGCUCGGCACCCACUGGCCCAGGCCCAGCUGACAACAGCAACACGGGCGGCGGGGCUGUUCCGCCACGGCCGGAGCCCCCACCCCCAAACCCACGCUCCCCUACCCCUCCAAGCAGACGCACAUCGUCCUUAGCAAACACAGGGAGUGAAGUGGCGGGGGUGACAAGGACUGUUGGAGGAGUUGGAGGCCGCCGUUCAAGAGACACUGGGCGAAGGGGCAGCAUUUCUGGCGGGGUGGGAUACUUCGAACUGGAGCAGCGGUUGCGGCACAAAAGCAUGGGCGUAGGUGAUGUUGCUGCAUCCGGGGGUGGUGUUCCUAGCGGAGCAGGCGGGAUCACGCUGAAGGUGUAUGGAGACGUUUGGCGGUGGCUCGGCGACGGGAAGGUGUGCUCGCUCAGGGAACAAGUCGUAGAGGCUCGGUUCUCGCUGGUCCAUGUGACUAGCGUCGCCAGGAAGGCCUCGACAAUAGCACAGACAUUUCCGAACCUAUCAUGCCUUCAGCUACUGGACAAUGACAUCCGCAGUCUUCGGCAGCUGGAGCACUUGCGACCGAUGUUGACCAACCUUACCGCUCUUUACCUCGGGAAGAACCCCGUCACGAGAAGCGCCUCGGAGGCGGCGCUUCGAGCCUGGGUGAAGGGCCAAGGUCCCUGUGUUAGCUUGGUCUCUCCGGGGCAUGGGCCGGCGAGUGACGGGAGGAACGUCUGUACCGGAGAUCGCCGACUGCAUACCCAGCAGCAGCAGCAAUCUCCGUUAACGAACGCAUUUGCUGGUCAACAACACUCUUCUCCUCCCAGCACACCGACCACCCAAGCGGCACCGCCACUCCCAGCGGCGCCUACACCCCAUCCUCCCUGCGGAACUGGCACUAACAAUGUCAAACCAUUAGGCGGCGGUGACAUGGGCGUGCCUUCCCGACAUAGUAACGGGCACGAGAAUGGUUGCGAGAAGACAACGAUAAGGGUUUUGGAGCAAGGGGAAGCGGGUAACACGGUCAUUGCAGCAAGGCAAGACAAAAAAAUGCAGUGCAAUGGAGACAAUAUGCCUGGAUUUGAGGAUAUCGUCGAGCAGUCGACUCGAUCGGCAUCAGAAAGGCAAUCCGGCCCUACAGUCAGAUCGGAACACACGGCGGUCAACGAAUCGAACAACACUCCCGCCAGCGCCGCGCUUGUAAGGAUUGAUUGCACUGACCGGGACCCGUUGGCCUCGACCGAUGCUGCUUUCGAGAGACUUGCGGAGGCGCGAAGCCGCGCCGCCUCUUCUUCGUGGGGAGCUAUCGCUUUGGCAGGAUCGAGCACGGCUAGCCACGUGAGCGACGACCCGGAUGGUGUUAACGACAUGGCGUGGGCGUCCUCGGCGCGGGGGGCGAAGCUGGCUUGCAAUGGAAUGGUGAGCGACGAGUAG